AUGCUCUUGAUCUGGCCAAACCUCCUCCUUGCGCUGUUCGGCGUCCUCCUCGGACAUCCAACCAUCCGCCGCCGCACCCUCCGCCUCAUCCGCUCCUUCCUCUCCCUCUUCCAGUCUCACCCGCCUCCUCGACUCCCGAACGAGUUGCUUAGCGAGGUCUUCCUUGCCCUGGAGGACGACAAACCGACGCUCCUUGCGCUCUGCUUGUGCUCAAAGCGCUUCCACGCGCUUGCCGAGCCCGUCUUGUACCGCUCCGCCCGCGCAACAAUCCGAGUCGGCACCUGCGCUUCACACCUCCACAGCGAUGCGCUCCUCUCCAAACUCCUGCAGGCGCCCACCCUCGCUUCAUGCGUGACGACGCUCGAACUCGCACUCGAGUCAGACUUGUCGUUUCCACCGCCUGACCGGCCUCUCCUCCUCCCUCCCCUCCCAGUGCUGCCCAACCUGCGGACUCUCAAGCUCAUCUACGAGCUCAAAUCCAAUUGGUGCGCCACCUCCAACUGGAUCCAGAUCUUCGACGCCCUCGGCCCGUCAGUCCCCCAGCUCGUCGAGUUAGACCUUCGCGACGCAGGCUUUACCAACGGCUUCUUUCCUCCGCUUCUCGCCCUUCCCUCACUCCUCUUCCGCUCGCCUCUUCAUCACCAGCGUACACCGUCGCAGUUCAAGCUCGACUGCUUGGAGAACGCCAUGGCGCUCUCUCAGCCCUCCCCCGCGACAGCCAACCUCGUCCCAGUCCGGACUACCCUUCCAACCGAGCUGCUGCACCUCAUUGUCGAGCGCUGCGCAACCGAGCCGUCCUUACCUGACCGCUGCGACACCCUCUAUACGCUCGUACAGAGCAACAGGCUGUUCUACACCCUCGCACACCCUCUCCUCUACCGCUCCCUGCGGGCAACCAUCGUCUGCGGCGUCCGACGUCGCGAUCCCGCACUCGAGCGGGCUUUCCACACUCUCGAUACUUGUCCUGACCUUGCGAGACUCGUGGAAACGCUCGAGUUGACGGUGCAGUCGACCAAAAUCGGCGGCCAACGCGCAGGACUUGCCAAAUCUCGCAUCCCAGCUCUCCCCAGCCUCCGCACUGCAAUCCUCAGACGCUGGCCGAGCACAAAAUGGACGAAAGACGACCCUCUCCGCUCCGUUUUCUCCGCCCUCGGUUCCUCCGCUCCGCACCUCACGAUACUCGACCUCUCCUCCCUGAACCUCGGUAACGACUGGUGGAGGUUCAGCCAGCUCUUGUGGGACGACGAGUUUUGGUGUAGCGCGUUCAGGGAGUUGGAGGAGGUCAGGGUUGGGAGGAGGACAUGGAUGGUCUGGAAGCAGUGUACGCUCGCGAGGGCGUUUGAGAGGAGGAAGAUCAGGAUCGUGCAGGUGUAG